GUUCCCCCAUUUUUCAAACCCGAAUCCGCCCCCCGUUUCUCUCUCUCUCUCUCUCCCAACUAGUACUAUAUAAUAUCUUCGCUCCUUUAUUCUCACUCACUAAUCACACAAAAAUCUCUCAAAAUCACAAUCCACUUUCCACCCCCUUUUACCCAUCAAUUCAACAAGUAAUUAACUACUGUGAAUCACUCUCACAACAUGGAAACCAAGGUAGGCUCGCUGGACUCCUGCAGGGCCGCCACGUGUAACGACGUCGGCUGCCUCCCCUCUAACGGCGCCGUCUCCGCUAUCCAGUCCUCCUCCGUGCCGUUCAACUCCGCCGAGGCCACGCUCGGCCGCCACCUCGCCCGCCGCCUCGUGCAGAUCGGCGCCAGCGACGUCUUCUCCGUCCCCGGCGACUUCAACCUCACGCUGCUCGACCACCUCAUUGCGGAGCCGGGGCUCAACCUGGUCGGCUGCUGCAACGAGCUCAACGCCGGCUACGCGGCCGACGGCUUCGCCAGGGCGCGCGGCGUCGGCGCAUGCGUCGUCACGUUCACGGUCGGAGGGCUCAGCGUCCUCAACGCCAUCGCCGGAGCUUACAGCGAGAAUCUCCCCGUGAUCUGUAUCGUCGGAGGUCCGAACUCGAACGAUUACGGCACGAACAGAAUCCUGCACCACACGAUCGGCUUGCCGGAUUUCACGCAGGAGAUGCGGUGCUUCCAGACGGUUACCUGCUAUCAGGCGGUGGUGAAUAAUUUGGAAGAUGCUCAUGAGUUAAUAGAUACGGCGAUAUCAACGGCGUUGAAGGAGAGUAAGCCGGUGUACAUAAGCGUGGGCUGUAACUUGGCGGCGAUUCCACAUCCGACGUUCAGCCGUGAGCCCGUUCCAUUUUCUCUCUCACCAAGAUUGAGUAAUAAAAUGGGGCUCGAAGCUGCAGUAGAAGCAGCAGCUGAAUUCCUGAACAAGGCAGUGAAGCCAGUGAUGGUGGGAGGCCCAAAACUACGCGUUGCGAAAGCAGGCAAUGCCUUCGUUCAGCUCGCGGAUGCUAGCGGCUACGCCCUUGCAGUUAUGCCAUCGGCCAAAGGCCUAGUGCCCGAGCACCACCCUCAUUUCAUCGGCACCUACUGGGGAGCCGUGAGCACGGCCUUCUGUGCCGAGAUUGUGGAAUCUGCCGAUGCUUACCUCUUCGCUGGGCCUAUAUUCAACGACUACAGCUCCGUAGGGUACUCUCUCCUACUCAAGAAGGAGAAGGCCAUCAUCGUGCAGCCUGAUCGCAUUGCCAUCGGUAACGGCCCCGAGUUUGGAUGUGUUCUGAUGAAGGAUUUCCUGAUCUCCCUCGCCAAACGCCUCAAGAAAAACACGACUGCUUAUGAGAACUACCACCGGAUUUAUGUCCCCGAAGGGCAGCCUCCAAAGUGUGAGCCCAAGGAACCUUUGAGGGUGAAUGUUAUGUUUCAGCAUGUUCAGAAGAUGCUGUCGGGAGAGACGGCUGUCAUCGCUGAGACGGGCGACUCGUGGUUUAACUGCCAGAAACUGAAAUUACCACCGGGAUGCGGGUAUGAGUUCCAAAUGCAAUACGGGUCUAUUGGCUGGUCAGUUGGUGCAACUCUGGGUUACGCGCAGGCUGUGCCCGACAAGCGAGUGAUCGCUUGCAUCGGAGAUGGUAGCUUCCAGGUUACAGCGCAGGAUGUGUCCACAAUGCUUCGAAGCGGGCAGAAGACUAUCAUUUUCUUGAUCAACAACGGCGGCUACACCAUUGAGGUGGAGAUCCACGACGGGCCGUAUAAUGUGAUCAAGAACUGGAACUACACUGCCUUGGUCGAUGCAAUCCAUAACGGUGAAGGCAAAUGCUGGACUACAAAGGUGAAACACAACUUUGAUCACUUGUUACAGCUUUGCUUCCAUCCAUUUAGCUGCUUAUAUAUAUUCUCCAUGUUUACUUGCAGGUACGGUGCGAGGAGGAGCUCGUCGAGGCGAUCGCCACGGCAAUGGGGGACAAGAAGGACUGCCUGUGCUUCAUCGAAGUCAUCGUGCACAAAGACGACACGAGCAAAGAGCUUCUUGAGUGGGGGUCGAGGGUCUCUGCCGCUAACAGCCGCCCUCCAAACCCUCAAUAGAGCUCUAUCUCUUCAUCAUUUGCCAUUCAUCUUUGUGAGUGUAUAUUUGAGAAUCUUGUUACCUACGUGUAUUUUGACUUGUGAUUUUGGAAAUUGACAAGUAGUAGUAUUAUCUUUUAUUGUUCA